CUCUAACUCGGACGUGAUCUUGAUGUGUAUUUCCACGGCGAAGUGGUGGGCAACUGAUGGCGUACCGUCUACCACUUUUCCACACGAUGUCACAGCAACACAUUACACCAAGACAAAACAACAACAACCUCACAAACUUUACUCACCAACCAGCAGAGACCACCAUGGCCUUGCUUUACUAAACAAGUACAGAGCGUCUGUUGCACCGCGUCUCUAGCUGCCUAGAACAUUUCUGACCGGCGACACUGGCUCACUUGAGCCAUCGUCACACUUGCUCACCACCAUCAUGGCCACCGCCCAGCAUGACCCCCCGGAUGAAAUAUCAGUCCUCACUCUCAACGUAUGGGGUCUCCUCCACAUCUCUGCCCUCCGUCCCCAGCGCAUGACCGAGAUCGGCAAGCACAUCAACGCCCUGGCACCCGCCAUCGUCUGUCUCCAGGAGCUCUUCACCCAGAGCGACUACCACCUCAUCCGCCAGGCCACCGUGGAUCUCCUCCCCUAUGGCAAAUACUACUUCUCCGGCGCCUUUGGCGGUGGCCUCGCCAUACUGAGCAGGUACCCCAUCGAGGAGAGCACCUUCACACCCUACACCCUCAACGGACGUCCCACGGCCUUCUGGCGGGGUGACUGGUUCGUGGGCAAGGGCAUCGCGCGCGCCACCAUUCGCAUUGCACCGGGUCCAGGCGGACCGCAGGGUCUCGUCGACAUCUUCAACACGCACACGCACGCGCCGUACGAGAGCGGGCCCCGCGACAGCUACAUCACCCACCGCCUCGCCCAGUCGUGGCAGGCUGGCAAGCUGAUCAGGGACUCGAUGCACAAGGGACGCCUGAUCAUUGCGGCGGGCGACUGGAACAUGCGUCCCGACUCUCUUCCCUACCGCCUCCUGCUCGAUCAGACCACGUCUGCGCUGCAGGACUCGUGGCGCGCGCUGCAUCCCCAGAGCGCCCUGGGUCCGAAUCACAAGGCCCCCCCCACGGCGCGGCACAACAUUGUCGAAAAUGGCAUGACUAGCAACAAUGUGCUCAAUACAUGGCGCUGGUCCAAGGAGGCGCAGAAGAAGCUCCUGAAAGGGGACCCCCAGCCCGUGAGUCCUGAUGAAGCGGAUCCGCAUGGUCAGCGGCUGGACUACGUCUUCGUCUCGACGUCUGUCGCCGGAUCGGAAGACUGGCUCAUCAAGGGCGCUAAAGUAGUCAUGACAGAGAGGCACCCAGAGCUGCACGUAUCUCUGUCAGAUCACUUUGGUGUCUUGACGACGUUGAAGCGCCCUGGUGCUGAUCCAUCGCUGCCCACGCAGCCAGCCCCGAAGACGGCGCAGGUGAAAGACAAAUAUAGUCUCGAUAUGUACGACCAGAUUCUGGAAAGACUGCAGUGGUACACGACGCGAGAGCACAGCCAGAAGUUCUGGCGGAGGACUCGCUUCUACGUAGGGCUUCUCCUAUGGGUCGCCUGUUUGGUAGCUGUGUGGUUCGUGCCGCACAGCUACAUUGCGUUCAUCCUCAUGCUCGUCGCUAGCCUUGUGUUGACCGGGUGCACAAUCGAAGGGCUACUAUCGUUGCUCUUCUUCAAUAGCGAGCUGCGGAGUCUCAGAGAGUUUGAAUGGGAGAUUCGCAAUGCAAAGGCAGUCGGCUCGGGGAACUCUCAAACAACAGUCUACGGAUCUCUCCAGUAGUGACACUGAGCAAUGGCCCCGAGGUAUGCAUGCUCUCCAUAAUAAUUAUCCAAUAACGAUAGAAACUUAAGAACUACUUGCAAUCUU